CAUGAUAAUGGACUCAUUUCAAUACCAAGAUCAAUUAUAGAGUUGACGAUGACAAAUCAGUUCAAUCAACUGAUUACGCCAGGCUCUCUACCGCCUUCUCUCACCAUCCUCUCGCUGGGCCAAUCAUUCAACCAGCCGAUCGCGCCUGGGACUCUACCAGACACUCUAACAAGUCUUGCAUUUGGUGAAUCAUACAAUCACAACAUCACAGUUGGCGUGUUGCCAGCCUCGAUUACACAUCUCACAUUGUUUGGAACUGAACCGCCUCAACUAAAGGCAUGGCCUCGAUCACUACUCACACUAGUCUAUGGCAUUGCACAGCCGAUCAAGUCAGACACACUGCCCAGUACACUCACAUCAUUAUCGUUGGUCGCCAAGUACAACCAUGAUAUCAUACCCAACACAUUGCCUCCAUCACUCACUCGAUUGGUACUUUGCAAUCCAGAUUACAAACAGCAGAUCAAAUCGUGGAUCCUCCCCGGGGAGCUCACCGACCUCAUCGUCAUGUCUGAGCAUGGUCAGUUUGAAUCAGACGCGCUGCCCGCAUCGCUCUCGUCACUGACCAUAAGUGGAGUGACAAAGUCUAACUUUGUACACUUCCCAGCAUCAAUCACAGCAUUAUCCUUAAGCUACAAGUUCAACAACACCAUCACAAUGGGUUGGUUGCCUCGGUCUCUCACCAUUCUCACGCUGGGCAACAUGUUUGAUCAAGUGAUUGAGGUUGGCGCACUGCCAAUGACUCUGACUGUGCUUGACAUUGGCGACAGGUAUGACAGAACGAUCGUCAAGGGCCUCUUGCCACCUGGCCUUAGAUCAUUAUCAUUGGGAGCUCGUUUCAACCAACCGAUUGAGGAGCUGCCACAGUCACUCACAUCACUAUGCCUUGGCAAUGACCUUUUACAUACUCUGCCAACAUCUAAUCUGGUCGCUCUCAAGACUCUAUCAUUCAACAACAAUUGCAGACACUUUGAACGAGUGAUAAACUCGACGCCAUCAGUCGAGGUGGUAUACAUUGGCGGGAUGGUAUUACCCUGUUACAUCUCCCCAAUCACGCCACAUUUGAAGGAACUGCAUGUCAGUGGCACGUCCACCAGCGCACUGACUCCUGGACACAUGCUAGAGGUGCUCCAUCGAGUAGUCGCCAACGUGUACAAUGUACAAACCUACAGCAUAACAAUCAAACGUCGUGGAUUUAUGAUGAAUGGAGGUAUGUCAACGGGGGGACAUGUCUCCACUCCACUCUCCAUCAUACACUAUCGUGCCAUUGACAACGAUCACGGUCUACUCAUCCUCGAGAACAAGUCUGCCACCAGCUCCACAGUCACAGUCCAAAGUAUAUCAAUCGUUCAUCAAAGUAUCCUUCUUAGAUUUGAUGCAAUCAUA